CCCUCCGACGAUCUCUCCCGCUUCAUGAAGAUUGUCGCUCGAUUGAAAUGGAAACUCCCUUUUCUCGCCGAAGGAUACCGCCUCGCGACACUGGACCCUUCUACUAGUGACACCGACGUCAGCCACGCCGAGAUCAUGUUCAAAAUCGAUUUCCACGAAUACUACGCACUACUGGAGCGCGCGAUCGUCCAUUUACUCGGGAUUUUCGGAACGAAUGUUUCAUCGGCGUUCGGACAGACGCAUCUCGCGCAACAUGGGGCGCCGCUCUCCAGUCAUCGGUAUCAUGCCAACGUCCUCGAGGCUCUACAAGAUCCAAACAGUCCACUAUACCCCGUCCUCGGACAGGGUGAAGUACACGAGCAAUUACAACGGGCGAAGGAGCUACGCAAUCGAUGGAAGACGGCCGAUAUGACGAAAAAGGAACGCGAGCGGGAUCGGUGGGCCACAGCGAGGAGGAAAGAGAAGGUGAUGCCGUUGGCGAGUUAUAACUUUGAGAUGAUCCUUGCGGCCAUCUUUCAGGGGUUGGAGGAUGCAUAUUUGCUCGCGAAGCAACAUACCGUGGAAAGUGAGGUGGCAGGGGCAGGGGCAGGAGAGCGUGAAGAUCAGGAUGGGGAUUGGGACUUUAUUGUGGAUGCGAUGGAUUGGGAGGCUGUAUAA